AUGUAUUUCCACAGGCUAACUGUAAAUUGUGUGAUCAUGUUAAAGAGGACUACUUCCAUGCGUGUUUCUUGUUUGCACAUGCUGCCGGCCUUGGAUUUGAAAUGCGUAGACACUAGAUUUUGCCUGCAGAUAAUGACAUCAGUUGAACAGAGCUUUGCACCCGAACUGGCUGCUUGUGCUUCUGUCUACCUGUUCAAAGGAGGAACCUCAAAAGGCGGCGGUUUGCCUUCAAGGCUUCAAGGAAUCAUUCUAGCAGUUUGCUGGCCUCACUGCCCUUUUAUCCUAGAGACAAACUGUGCCGUGAUGGCAGACAAGCUCAAAGCCUUGUGCCAUGACAAAUCACUGCAACAACCACUGAUUCAAGAAGCUCUCCCUGACAGUAAAGCUCUUCGCCGCUUAGAAAUGUAA